UUGCGUAUGGCGUAGGAGGUCUUGAAUGUCGCUAAAGGUAGUCUGGAUUGGAUCCUUGAUACUGUCUCUCUCGCUCGUGCUGGCUUGUGGAGGCGCCGCCCCCGCUGAGCCCCAGGUCAUCGAGAGGGAAGUCGUCAAAGAGGUGGUGGUGGAGAAAGAGGUACCCAAGGAGGUGGUGGUAGAGAAGGAGGUGCAGGUGGAAAGAGAGGUGGAGGUCACCAGGGAAGUUCUGGUGGUAGCCACCCCGGUGCCGCCGGUUGAGGCAGCGGUCCGGUCGGGAGCCCCCACGGGCACGCUGACCGUGAGCCUGCAAAAUCUCGGUGCACAGACCACCGACCCCAUCCUGCAGGGUCGCGCUGGGCACGCCCAGUACCAAGCGCCCAUCUACGAUGCUCUCCUCGGGUUCAACUACGAGUCCCAGUACGGCGGGGUGGGUCCUGGCGUCGCGCACGAAUGGGGCAAUCGAUCCCGGACGGAAGCAGUUGGACCUUCAAUCUCUAUGAGGACCUGGUCUGUUCCACAACGGUGA